UCAGUUAUUUAAUAACAUGAUAAGUGUAUAGAAGCGGUCGUGUGAAAUAACAUCGUUGUUACUUUACAUAUUCUAAAUUUUGAAAUUAUUUGAACUUGAUAUGAUAUCUGUUCCCGUUUGUAAUAAUUAUAAAAUAUAUUUUAAUCAUAAAAUAUCGUCGGACGGAUGGCUAUACGAUAAGGGAUUCAUCUACCUUCAUCAACAAGUCCACUCACGACAACGCAGGUAACGCCCAACCAAGUAAUUAUAUGUCACCUUAUGAGGGCCAGGCUGAAUACGAAGAAGUACAAAAAAGUAUUACAAAUUCAGAUGAGUAUAGUAAAGAAUUACAAGAUGAUGUUGAAACAGGAAUAAUGAAAGAAAGAAAAAUUGUAUGGCUGAAAAGAAAGUUGAAUAUGUGUAUAUCAACAGUGUUUCUUGAAUCUUUUACUAUGACUUUUCUUGGUGAAUGGGGUGAUCGUUCACAAUUAACAACUAUAAUUUUGGCAGCAAGAGAGGAUACAGUUGGUGUUGCUUUGGGUGCCAUUUUUGGUCAUGGAGGUUGUACAUCAUUAGCAGUUAUAGGUGGAAGAUUUAUUGCACAAAAAAUUUCAGUAAGAACAGGUAUGUCAAAUAACAACCAAUUAAUUAUUUGA